UAUCCGGGACCGCGAGUUGAUUGGGGAAGAACGCAGAGAAAACGCCCAGGUAUUUCAACGGUUCGCGAAGGAAUAGGACGCCUCAUCGCCAUCUGAUGCUUGGAAAAUUUCGGUGGCGUUUGGCCUUUAUUCCAUAUUGCACAGAAGCGUUCUCGAAAUGCUGUCGGGAUGAAAGGGUGCCACAUUUAUGGCUGAGGCGGCUUUUGUCCUAUAGCGGAAGUUUUGCCGUCGCCCAAACGAAGAAACCGGGUGUAGGGUUGUUCCGUAAUCGUUGCAUAUUGCCAGUUUCACCCGGACUUAUGGUGAUCAUUAUAAGGCCUGUAUAUGUCAAGGAUUGAGGUUUGCUCGCAGCAUUGCAGCAUCGUGGUAUAAG